CCAGUCAGCAGGAACCCGGAAGCAGGCGGUGCUGAAACCAACCCGUUUCCUGCGCGAGAGGCAGAGACGGGCUGAGCUGGAUUCUGGUGAAGCGGAGCAGCGGCAGAGCCAUGACUCACCAGACUGGCAUCCACGCCACUACGGAAUUAAAGGACUUUUUUGCGAAGGCUCGGAAUGGUUCGAUCCGUCUCAUCAAAAUCGUAAUUGAGGAUGAGCAGCUAGUGCUUGGAGCCUCCAAAGAACUGUCUCGACGCUGGGAUAAGGACUAUGAUUCCUUUGUGCUUCCUCUGUUGGAUGAGCUGCAGCCAUGCUACAUCCUUUACCGCCUGGACACCCAAAAUGCACAGGGCUAUGAGUGGCUUUUCAUCUCCUGGUCACCUGACAACUCUCCUGUUAGACUCAAGAUGCUCUACGCAGCAACCCGAGCAACAGUAAAGAAAGAGUUUGGAGGAGGACACAUUAAGGACGAACUCUUUGGGACAGUAAAGGAAGACAUUUCUCUCAGUGGAUACCAGAAGCAUGUGUCUUCUUCCUCUGCUCCAGCUCCUCUGACUGCAGCUGAACAAGAGCUUCAGCAGAUCCGCAUCAAUGAGGUAAAGACUGAAAUCAGCGUAGAAAGCAAACAUCAGACCCUCCAAGGCCUGGCCUUCCCUUUGCAGCCAGAUGCCCAACAAGCCAUUCAGCUACUAAAGCAGAAAAAAAUCAAUUAUAUCCAGCUGAAGCUGGACCUGGAGCAGGAGACCAUAGAGCUGGUCCACACGAGGCCUACAGAAAUUCUUGAUCUGCCUAGAAGAAUUCCUCGGGAUUCUGCUCGCUACCACUUCUUUCUGUAUAAACACUCUCAUGAGGGAGAUUAUCUGGAGUCAGUUGUGUUUAUCUACUCCAUGCCUGGUUACAAAUGUAGCAUCAAAGAGCGUAUGCUGUACUCCAGCUGCAAGAGCCGAUUGCUUGACUCCAUAGAGCAAGAUUUCUGCCUAGAAAUUGCAAAGAAGAUUGAAAUUGAUGAUGGAGCUGAGCUGACCGCUGAGUUCCUGUAUGAGGAGGUCCACCCCAAACAGCAUGCCUUCAAGCAGGCUUUUGCCAAGCCAAAGGGUCCUGUGGGCAAAAGGGGACAGAAGCGACUUAUCAAAGGACCAGGCGAGAACGGAGAAGACAGUUAAACCCGGAGGACGGGAGGAUGGGUCAGCAAAGAGCUGUGAAUGUCUCCCAGCCUCCAGCAUUGCAGCUCAGUCGAAUCCACUUCUCUGCAUUUGAGCCUGUCCACUGAACUCCAGAGCCUUUUCCCCUACUUCUUUUCUCAAAGUCAUGUCCAUCGGUUUCAUUAACGGGGCGGGAGGGUUGGAAUCGGGGGACAGAUAGGAAGAGGAAGAAGACGGCAUGCUCUUUUUUCUUUCCUUUUGCUCUAUUGUUAUGUAAAUCUAGGAGGAGGGGGGACCCUAGUGAUUUUUGUUCUUUGUGUUUUUUUAAAAUAUUUCUUACAACUCCUGUUGUUGCUCCUGUUACUGCUUCAUCUUGUGGCCUGUUUUACCUGGAAUCUGCACCAGUUUUGUUCACCUCUCGUCUGAGAGAGUUGUGUACACCUGAGAAACAACUCCUUGAUAUAAACCUCUUUCCUGGGUGCUGUGACCCCAAAAAGGAGAGGCACACAUUUGUAUGAUAACAAUAACUGUGGCACUCCCAUCCUGUUAAUGUCAUCCCCUUACCAAGGGAGUCUGUUUCCCUAGUAUUUGAUGUAGUACUCCCUUGCCUACUGGUUGAGGCAAAGAGCAGUGUGUUCCAGGGAUUAAUUUUGAAGCAGGAUGUCUCUUCCUUUUUGUUUAGCAGAAGCUGGUGGAUUUGAGGGGGUGGGGGAAGUGCUAAAAGUUGGUCAGAUUUCCUCCAAAACAGAGGUGUUGUUUGGAUUUUUAAAAAAUUGCUUCUUUUCCAAGCUGCUGAAGAAGUCAAACUCUCAUUUUGUCCAAGAGUCCUGAUAAUCCCGUUCUAGGCCUUACUGUGGAAAAAAGAUGAAUAUCCAUCACAAAUCCAUUGAUGGGUUGGAUUUCUCUAAAAGAACGUUCUGCUUCCUUUCUGAGUUGUAGAAAGCUAAUUACACUGCUUUUCCUUUUUCCCUGCCUUGUGGCUUGAUGGCUUAUUGUGUGAUCUUACAGCGAUAUGAGUGGACAUGGAUAGUUAGGAACUGGGAGCACAAUUGCUGUCCUGCCCUUGUUGGCAGCAUUUCAACUUAACUUCAUUCAAGAUGUCAAGAAUCACCCCAUGUGUAGCUCUCAUAUGCCUUCCCAUGCCAACCUCUCCCCAUGUGUUGGCUUGCAGCCUAAUACAGCAUUGACUUAAUUGAGAUCAUCCUCUGACUUACUAAGACAGUAGAUUCCUUCCUGAUCUUUUUUUUUUCCCCCUCAGUGCUGGGUAUCCAGCUGGACUCUAAAGUAAAGCCACUCAGUCCUUGGUUAUCUCACAUUUGCUCACUUGUUUGUCCUCAUCCUGGAUUAUGACACCCAACCAUUGCAUCCCCUUGUCAUGGAUCUUUAGUUAUGUGAUAGAGCUUUGCCAGGCCAAAGGAACAUUGGCACUUUCAUUGGUUGCUGAAUGCUGAUGGGCUCUAUUUUUCACAGAAUGUACUUUUCCCAGAGGACUGUUCAUUCCAUGUGCUAGAUAAUGUCUGCCAAGAGUAAUUGUUUUAGAUCCCUGAAAACCAGGUGGAAGGAAAGGAUAGCUCAUGGCAUGAAAUUGUUACCCAUGUACGUGAUGGAUGGGCAAUUUAACUGCCAAGGAGUCUGGGAAGAGUCUUGUUGAUCAGCUCUGAAAGUCCAAAGGAGAAGGAGAGAGUGACCCACUCACAAAAGGCUGAUCUUACCCAGAUUGGGAGCUUCUGUAAAAUCGUUAUAGUAGAUACGUUCAUUCCAUGAGGGUCACUGAAUUUAAUGUAUGUAAUUAAAGUUCUUACGACCCCAGGGA